AGAAAAUAAUUCGAAAGAGAAAAAAGAGCUCUCCAAACAAAUCGCCCACUACAGAAGCCGGAAAACAAAAGAAACCAAAAAUGGCGAUGGCCUCCCUCCGCUCCCAAAUCCACCGCCUCCCUUCCCUCUCCAAGUCCCUAAUCUCCAGAUCCUCCGCCACCUCCUCUUCCUCCUCCAAAAAAGUCUCCGACCGCAUCGUGAAGCUCUUCGCGAUCGACGUCGACGGCCGGAAGCGCGAGAUAAUCGGACUCACGGGCCACACCCUCCUGAAGGCCCUGGCCAACCACGGCCUGAUCGACCCGGACUCCCACCGCCUGGAAGACAUCGAGGCCUGCUCGUCGGAGUGCGAGGUCAACAUCGCUCAGGAGUGGUUCGAUAAGCUGCCGCCGCGGACCUACGACGAGGAGUACUUGCUCAAGAAGUACGCUAGGGCUAGGGUUCUCAACAAGCACUCCAGGCUAGGCUGCCAGAUCGUCCUCACCAAUGAGCUCCAAGGUAUGGUGGUUGCGAUUCCCGAGGCCAAGCCCUGGGAUAUUCCCUAGGCCUCUCUUUCUUGCUUGAAUUUUGUAUCGUAUUGAAAUUACAAGCACUCCAGGAUAUAAUAAUGUGUGCUUGCUGCUGCCUUUUUUUUCCGAACCAGGUUGGGCAUAAUGUGAUUGAUUCUGUGUAAGAGCAAUGCCGUUCAAUUUGAUGAUUUCUGUUGUCAUGCCUAAUUGUUUGCUCUAGUGUGGUUUAUUAUCUGCCUUCGUAUUGUGAAUCUGACCGAAUGCAGGCAAAGUGUGGGAUCAGAAAUGCCAGUCUGGUGCUUUGUAAUGCUGGCUGUAGUGAUACUAGGUAGAGUUUUAGAGUUUAGAGGGUAGGUUGGUUGAGGAAAGAAGGUGUUAUAUUUGACUUACAAUGUGCAGUUCUUUAGGCGAGUAAUCACAAUUCAGUUUGUUUUGCUGUAAUAGAAAUCUAGUGGUUGAUCAGUUAGAAAUGUUGCGUAAAGAGAGUAAAGCAUGUAACUAGGCAAAGGAUGUUUGCAGUUUGAAGUUUUUAUCGGUAAUAGUGUAAGGGUAAUAAUAAUGAGAUACAUUGUUAAACUUUGGUUGGUGAUCCGUUUUAAUAUUCAUGGUAGGGUGCUAGUGGCUUGA